AUGAUAAUCCAUAUCUUCUUCAUCCUCUCCUUGGUUUCAUCCAUCUCCUUUGCCUCUGUUCAAGACUUUUGUGUAGCUGAUCCAGAGGGUCCUCAAAGCCCAGCAGGAUACUCUUGCAAGAACCCCGACCAAGUCGACGAGAAUGACUUCGCAUUCUCCGGUCUCGCCAAAGCCGGAAACACUUCAAACCUCAUCAAAGCCGCCGUCACUCCAGCCUUUGCGCCUGCUUUCGCAGGUAUCAAUGGCCUUGGCGUCUCAUUGGCUCGUCUUGACUUAGCCAGUGGAGGUGUCAUUCCUCUUCACACUCACCCCGGUGCUUCUGAGGUUCUUGUUGUCAUACAAGGAACCAUUUGCGCCGGAUUUAUCUCCUCCGCUAACAAAGUUUACUUGAAGACUCUCCAGAGAGGCGAUUCUAUGGUGUUUCCUCAAGGGCUUCUUCAUUUUCAGCUUAAUUCUGGUAAAGGAUCUGCCUUGGCCUUUGUUGCCUUCGGAAGCUCCUCCCCGGGACUCCAGAUUCUACCAUUUGCUCUGUUUGCAAAUGAUUUGCCGUCGGAACUUGUUGAAGCCACGACGUUCCUUAGUGAUGAAGAGGUUAAGAAGCUUAAGGGUGUGCUUGGAGGAACUAAUUAA